CUUCUCUCUGCCACUCAGAUUCAUCAAAUCCCUAUGAAAAAACCUCUUGUACACUCUUUCUCUCUAGCUAACCACCCAACCAAACAUACCCACCAACUCAUAUAAUUAUUUAUAUAUAAAACCCUCUCACUCAUUAUUAUUCUCUCUUCCUCUCUUCUUGUUCCUUCUUCCUAUAUAUAUAUAUAUAGAUGUAAAUAUUGUGUUAGUGUAGUAGUAGUCGAAAAAACACCACCUGCGUUGUUCUUCUUCCUCUCUCUCUCUCUCUCGCUUUCUUCUUCUUCUUUAAUGGAGAUAUUUUCUUAUAAUCACAGUCUUGACAAUGGCGAUUCUCACUUGCCUCCUGGCUUUCGGUUCCACCCAACAGACGAAGAACUCAUCACUUACUACCUUCUCAAGAAGGUUCUCGACAGUAACUUCACUGGUCGAGCCAUUGCUGAGGUUGACCUCAACAAGUGCGAGCCGUGGGAGCUUCCUGAGAAGGCGAAAAUGGGAGAGAAAGAGUGGUACUUUUUCAGCCUAAGAGACCGGAAAUACCCCACUGGGCUGAGAACUAAUCGAGCUACCGAAGCUGGGUACUGGAAAGCUACUGGGAAAGAUAGAGAGAUAUUUAGUUCGAAGACUUGUUCGCUCGUUGGGAUGAAGAAGACUCUGGUCUUUUACCGAGGGAGAGCUCCUAAAGGAGAGAAGAGCAACUGGGUUAUGCAUGAGUAUCGCCUUGAAGGCAAAUUUGCUUACCAUUAUCUCUCUCGAAGCUCCAAGGAUGAAUGGGUGAUUUCUAGGGUUUUUCAGAAGAGCGGAGCCGGAGCUACAACUGGAUCGGGUUCUAGAGUUGUAAUCGGGUCGAAGAAGACCCGAAUGAGCUCCAGUACCAGCAUGAGCCUCUACCAGGAACCAAGCUCUCCUUCCUCGGUUUCACUCCCGCCACUGCUCGACUCAUCUUCACCGUUCCCUCCCAGCAACACUGUUACUACUACGAUUACCGACCGUGACGGCUGUUCUUACGACGGCCAAAUCCCGAGGGAGCACGUGUCCUGUUUCUCCACCUUCGCCGCCGGCACUGCCGGCAGCAACAACGGCAGCAGCUUCAACAACUGCUUUGACCAACUGACUCAUCAUCAGACUCUUCAAACACCGCCGCUCUUCCCGAGGAACGCCUCCGUCGCAUGCGACGGUGGUGGAGUCUCGGCCUUCCCGAGCCUCAGGUCCCUCCAGGAGAAUCUCCAGCUGCCAUUUCUCUUCCCUGCUCCGGCGCCUGUUCAGCCACCGUACUUUCACGGCGGAGGACCCGUUUCCGAGUUCUCCGGCUGCAACUCCACCGGGAAUUGGCCAGCUGUGGUUAACGAUGAUGUUAAGACCGUCGGCGGCACUGAGCUCGACUGCAUGUGGUCUUACUGAUCGCGCGUGGGCUCACUCGCCGACGUAGAUUUCAGGUUCUUCACUUUGGAAAAUCGCGAAUCCCUACCGCUACGUGGCAUUUUAUUAAUAUAGUAUUAUUAAUCAAUUAGUAUUAGUGGCUUUUAAUUAUGAUUAAAUACGAAAGUGAGUGAGGAGGGUUAAUAUGGUAAAAUUAGAUCGACAAAAGGUACAACCCUUUAAUUCAUGUAAAACUUAGAUUUUCUCUGUACCAAUGUUUAGUUGACUUAAAUAGGAACUCUGUUUUUUUUUUAAUGUGUUGCGUUUAUUGUAUAAUUUCAUUGUGACGACGUCGUCUGUUGUUUAAUGUUGUAAAGUGCAUUAUUAUGUUUAAGCACUGAAUUAAACUGCA